AUGGACAGCGCAUUUGUAUGGGAGGGGACCAAGAUAUUUUGGAAGAGGAGUGGGAGGAUCAAGGGUCUAGCUGAGGGCGGCUUUUCGGGCCGUGAGAUCACUCGGCGCGUGAGGCGCUCUCCUCAAAGGGCCGCAAAAAGCAAGCUGGACAAGGCUUUGUUAGCGGCACAGGGCCAGCCCAAGGCCCAGACGGAUCGUCAAGUGCGUCAGGUCGUUAGGGCAGCUGCUACCGGCGACUAA